AGGAGCAGAGGCUCAGACUCAGUCUGGGAGAGGAGAGGAAGGAGCCGAACGUCCCUGCGAGGCCUGCGCUCAUCGGCCCCCUUACCCAAAGUCGGGGACAGCCGGCACCGGGAGCAAGCUCCCGGAGCCGGCUUACCACUGAGACCGGCGUCCUCUGGCGGCAGAGAAAGAGUUUUACUAACGAUUUUCGAGACGAAUCGGCACGCUCCUGGAUGCCAAGAAGGCGGAGCCAAACUUAGAAAAGUAAGAAGAGAGGCCAGAAAAGCCCUGUGAGUGGCUGGCUGACCGCAACUUGAAGGGAGACGGGUGACUUGGGAGGCUCCGGGUCCAACCAGCAAGAAAUGAGCCACUUCAGCCACAAUCCUGGGUUUUAGCUUCUCGGCAUCCAUCCUUGCAAAGUUUGGAAACUGAGGCUGGAGAACUUUCCAGCCAAAUCUUGAAAAAUUCAAAAGAAAAAAUUUUUUCACCCUAGUUUGGCUGGGUGCUCCGUCUUACGGAGCCCCAAAUUCAUUUUGAAAAACCGCAACCGUGUUAUGGGCAUGCGCAACUGCCUCCGCGGCAACGAUAUGCCAGGACAACACGAUAUCCCCGGUGAGGUCGGGGAGCAGCCCGAGCAGGAACCUUUGGAGGCCCCAGGGGCAGCUGCCCCCGGUGCUGGGCUUGGCCCAGCCGAAGAAAUGGAGACCGAACCGUCUGCCAAUGAGCCCGUCCCCGACGAGGCUGGCGCUGAGGGCUACGGACCCCCUGAGGUCUCCAGAGAUGACUUUCAGGGCCUCAGCCAGGCCCUCGAGGAAGUCCGAGUGGGUGGAGACUACAGCCCACCUCCGGAGGAAUCCAUGCCAUUUGAGACGAAACAGCCCAGUCUCGGUGAUUUCUGGCCCACCCUGGAGCAGCCUGGAAGAUCUGGGACCCAAUCAGGUCUCCAAACCUUCAAUCCAGCGCUUUUGGAGCCCGGGACCCCCAGUGGUGCGACCCCAGGUCUGGGAACCUAUAGCCCCCCACCAGAAGAAGCUAUGCCAUUUGAGUUCAGCGAGCCCGCCCAAGGAGUCUUUAGCCAGCCGCCAUUACAAGUCCCAGACCUUGCGCCAGGAGGUCCGGAAGCAGGGGCCCUCAGCGCACUUGCCGCGGAGCCCGGGGAUGUCAGAUUUGCAAACGCUGGCUUCCGAGAAGACUACAGCCCUCCACCUGAAGAAUCUGUACCGUUUGGGCUCGAUGGAGAAGAAUUUGGGGGCGAUAGCCCACCCCCAGGCCUCCCCCGAGUCACCCGACAAAUCGGCAUUGGCGGCGAGUUCCCGACAGUCGCGGUCCCGAGUGCGCUCAGUCUCGCUCCCGCCGAGAACGCGCCUCCCCUCUUGGUCCACAGCGCCAUUGACAGACCAUUCAGCGAAGCUAUCAGAUCUCCUCCUAACUUCGCAUGCGACACCCCCCCGAUGGAGAUCUCCAGACCCCCGCUUGAGAUUGGCAGAGCGUCCUCUGGGGUCGACGACGACACCGCUGUCAAUAUGGACAGCCCCCCAAUCGCAAGUGUUGGCCCGCCCAUCGAAGUCUCCGGAGCCCCAGAUAAGAGCGAGCGCGCAGAGAGACCCCCAGUUGAGCGAGAAGCAGCCGAGAUGGAAGGAAGCCCUACUGCCACCGCAGCCGCGGUGGAAGGAAAAGUCCCUUCUCCGGAGAGAAGAGACGGAUCCUUCACCCAGCAGCCAGAAACCAUGGAUGACAAGCCAGCUGCCGCUACCCAGACCGACGCUACCGGACCUGAUGCUGCCUCUGCCGGCGGAUCUCCUCCGGCCCCAGCAACACCCGCGGAUCUCCAAACCGAUGCUGAAGAAGUCGGAGCAGCCCCUGCUGUCCGCGCGGAGCCUGAUGGAGGUGCAGCCCCGGUCGUCCCAGCCGCCCCUGCCGAGUCUGAAGGUGAAGGAGAGCCAGCCGCUGAAGCAGCCUCCGAGGCAGUCCCUGCCACCACGGCCGAGUCUGCCUCCGGGGCAGCCCCCGUCACCCAGGUGGAGCCCGCAGCGGCGGAAGUCUCUGCUAAGGCAGAGCCUGCCGCCCGGGCAGCCCCUAUCACCCCUCCGGAGCCCGCUCCCCGGCCAAUCCCCACUGCUAGAGCCCAUCCGGCCGCUGGGGCAGUCCCUGGCGCCCCAGCGAUGCCAGCCUCUGCUAGAGCAACUGCCGCUAGGGCAGCCUAUGCAGGUCCUCUGGUCUGGGGAGCCCGCUCGCUCUCGGCUACUCCCGCCGCCAGGGCAUCCCUUCCUGCCCGCGCAGCUGCUGCCGCCCGGGCAGCCUCUGCUGCCCGGGCAGUCGCUGCCGGCCACCCAAUCUCUGUCGCCCGGUCAAUGUCUACCCGGCCAAUCCCUCUCGCCCCAAGCAGGGCCCAUCUUAGACCCCCCAGCCCCGAGAUCCAGGUUGCUGACCCGCCUACUCCGCGGCCUGCUCCGAGGCCGAGUGCCUGGCCCGACAAGUAUGAGCGCGGCCGAAGCUGCUGCAGGUACGAGGAGGUAUCAUCCGUCAUCUGCGAGAUCGACUCCUCCAGUGAUGAGUCGGAAGAAGGGGCCAACGGCUGCUUCCAGUACCUUCUGCGGCGAAACCGCCGCCCCGGCCAGCCCAGGAGCCACACGGUUGGGUGCAACCCAGUCCGCAACUUCUUCGCCAGAGCCUUCGGAAGCUGCUUCGGUCUCUCCGAGAGAUCCCGCUCCCUCAGCCCAGGGAAGGCCAAGGAUCCUUUCGAAGAGAGGCGCAAACAGAUGCGCAAAGAGGCCAUUGAGAUGCGAGAGCAGAAGCGCGCAGAUAAGAAACGCAGCAAGGCCAUCGACAAGCAGCUGGAGGAGGAGAAGAUGGACUACAUGUGUACGCACCGCUUGCUGCUUCUAGGGAGAAAAGUGGUGCCGAGCGACACUGAGGGUCGUUACCGGCCGGAGGCCAGCGCCAGCGCCAGCGAUCCUAGGCUGGACAGGCGGGGGCGUGAGGUGAGCCAGGAAGUGCUGGGGAGGGCCCUUCGGGGCUCCCCCGGCUUAAAUGUUCGUGACCGCGGUGGGCUAGGGCCAUCGGGGAGCGCGCCCCCGCCUCGCCUGGCACGGCUGCUUCGACUCAGACAGCUUGUUGUUAGUGUGUGUUGGUGUCCAUUUUCUAUGUUCGCCUGUGCAUGA